UAAUCGAAAAAAAGAAAUAGAAGAUAAUCGAAAUGAAAAUAAAUCAAUAUCGUAGACAUAACUUAAAUCUUUCUAUCUAUGUGAAUUCCAUUAACUGCUAGUAUUUUAAAUAAUAAGCCAUUUCUCUUAUUCGAUUGCAAUCGUGUACGAAGCUGUCAGAAUGUCACAUGCAAAAUAGAAAACAGACUAUAGACCUAGUCCACGAAGAAGAAUCUAUGAAAAGUGUAGUUUAUCGUUCGGGCUGUACUAGUAUACACAUGUUCCUAAAGAAAAAAUAAUAAUAAUGUAUACGAAAAGCUUUCUUCAUUUUCAAUUAGUUUUUCUCGUUUUUGCACAAAAUAAUGAAAUUAUUCGUGAUUAUUUCAUUUAUAAAAGGAUACCUGCUGUCGUUGGAUUUUCCUGCGGGAAUAUUACUAAUGAUUUUCAGAUGAUCAAGAUGUUAAACGAUGUAGGAAUUUCGGUAUCAAUAAAAGGGCCAUCCGCAGAAUUCAAUUUUCUUCGAUUCUUAAACGUUAACUAUUGGAAAUUAGGUGUUUUCGUAGAUUUACGUUGCCAGGAUCAAAAUGCUACAGUGAUUUUUGACAAAAGUUCUGACUAUCGUAUGUACGAUUAUGCAUACAACUGGUUCGUAUUGGCACCAAAUAUAAGCUAUUGUUUACGUAAAUUGAAUGAUACUGCCUUUAGUGUUAUCACCGAUUUUGUUGUUUCCGUACCGAAUUAUGAUUAUUACGAAUUAUAUGAUAUAUAUAAUCCUAAUAAAGAACGUGGUGGUAUACUGAAUAUAACCAGAUACGCAAUAUGGAAUGAAGCUAUUGGAUUAAAGGUAUUUUUAUUAGAAACAAAGAUUUUAAGAAGAUGGAACUUUCAUAAAUUGAAAGUUAUUGUAGCCGGUGCUUUAGAACAAAAACCUGAAAAUGCUUCUUUAUUAGAAUAUUUGGAAGAUCACGAUAAUGUUAAUUUGGAAGAUUGGCCGAAAAUCGGUUUUACGUUAGUACAACUUUUAACCAACAUAUUUAAUUUCAGCCUGCAUGCUAAAGCAUUCACUACAUGGACGGAUUAUACUAACGGACCUCUGAUGGAUUCUUUAAUCGAUGGAUCAGUAGACAUUGGAUAUCAACCCUCUCUUAUAAUUCACAGAAGACUCGAUUUUGCUAAAGUACUUAUGGAAAUUAUGCCUGCACGUACAUGUUUUAUGUUUCUAACAUUACCAUCAACAACGAUCCAGUUUAGUAGUAUUUUGCGACCAUUAGCUUGGAAUUCUUGGUACAUGAUUUUCUUUUUUUUCAUUAUCUGUUCUUCGGUCUUUUCAUUUAUUACAAAAUUGGAUCGAAUUGAAAAUAAGGAUUAUGGAAGUUCAUUGUUAACUACUUUGGGCGCGAUAUGUCAACAAGGUGCACAGAAUACGCCUUUUAAAUUUGCCAGUCGUAUUGCUCUGUUUCAAAUUGGUGUUUAUGGCUUGUUAAUAUACAAUUAUUAUUCAGCAGCGAUAGUAUCGGCACGUUUAAAUAUACCACUUAACAAAUUAAAUGAUUCGUUAUACAAAUUGGUAGCUAGCAAAAUGAAAUUAGGAUCGGAGAAUACCGUCGUUACGAAUAUUAUAUUACAGGAUCAUAAUCCGGAAAUGAUAUACUUUAAAAAUUAUUGGUUGCGAAUACCACAACAAAAGAAAAUCAUGAGCGUGGAGAAAGGAGUAAUAAAAAUGAUGCAUGGUGGUUUUGCUUAUCAUAGUAUUCCUGAACAUGCAUACUACUACAUAAAUAAUUAUUUCGACCAAAAGAUGAUAUGUCAACUAACAGAAAUUCAUUGGCUUCGACCGACCACAGUAGCUCUUUAUACGAAUCGUAAGGGUCAUUAUCACGAAGUAGGAAAGAUAGGACUCAUGAAAAUCUUUAGUACGGGUCUUCUCAAACGAGAAUUAAAAAGGACCUUUGCUCAAAAGCCCUACUGUCAAAAUGACGGAAAUUCCGUAGAAAGCGUAACUAUAUACGAAGCUGCUCCAAUAAUAAUUCUUUUGAUAUGCGGAAUAACAAUAUCUAUUAUUAUUUGUUUAAUAGAAAAUAUUAUAUUCCGAAUGAUAAAAACUAAGCAAUUCAGUAUAAUUAAGAAGUACAAAUUAAAAUUGAUGAAAAAAAUUUGAUAGAGAAAAAAUAUUGAUGUAAUAGUACUCUUCAAAAAUAAAAUUAAAAAGACCAAUUAUUUCAGUGUCAUCG